AAAACAAAACAAACGGCCGACACACACCGCAGAAGUGCAGAGAGUGAGGCGACUGCCGAACAUUUUACGAUGUCAGUUUCCAGCUCUAUUUUUUCACAAUUAACAACGUUUAGAAAUGUUGUCACGUCUCGUUUAUUAAAUAGAAUAGUGCAUCGUAUGAACAAUGUUUCCCUGUACUCCACUGCAACUGCUGCUCAACCAGAAAUGCAACAGCCAGCAUCUACUGAGAAGCAACCAAGGAAAAUCAGCAAAGCUAUGAUAGCUUAUUUGGAACGUGCUAAAGCUCACGAUACAUUCAUUCGGCAAGAACAAGAAGACUACAAUAUAGGCAAGCGCCACUUGGCAAAUAUGAUGGGAGAAGAUCCUGAACAUUUUACUCAAGCAGAUGUAGAAAGAGCAAUAGAAUAUUUGUUUCCUUCAGGGUUGUUUGACAAGGCAGCAAGACCUGUUAUGAAACCACCCCAAGACAUGUUUCCUCCUAAAAAAGCAGCAGAGUUUGAUGAAUCAGGAAGACCAUUUCAUUCUCUCUUUUAUACAACAAAACCAAAUUAUUACCAAGCACUCCACGAUAUAUAUGACAACUUGCUAAAAUUAAAUGACCUGGAAGACAAGAUGAUAAGAAAAGGUAUUCCACCUGAUCAACAUGCAGCAGAGGAGCUCCAAUCUUCAGAUUGGGUUAAUCAUGAACAACUGCAAAAAAUUCUUUUGGAAGAAGUGGGAGAUAUUGAUUACGAAUAUUUCCUUUCAAGCAUUAAAAGGUUGACUGACCAUCCCUAUGCGAAUCAUGCCAAAGAUUAUCUUAUGAAGUUUAGAAUGGAAAAGAGGGCUCUCACACAUUCCUUCGAGAUACCACAGCUGGAGUAUGACGAAGAAGGCAGACCUUUUAUCACAGUACCAGAUUGCAUGAGAAAAGAAGCACGAGGUAGUGUAACCGUUAAAGGCAAAGGAACCGGAAAAAUCAUAAUUAACGGAAAACCCCUCAUCAAUUACUUCAUCAAGUACGCUCAAUCCCGUGAACAGGUAAUCUUCCCGCUGCAAUUCACCGGAAUGAUGGGCGAGGUAGACAUCGAAGCCACAGUACGUAACGGCGGCCCGUCCGGUCAGGCGGGAGCUAUCCGCUGGGGAAUCGCGUGGGGCUUGAGGAGCUUCGUCAAUACAGACAUGGUCGAGAAGAUGAGAAUAGCUGGAUUGCUCACAAGGGACUGGCGUAGGCACGAACGUAAAAAGCCAGGACAGGCUGGCGCUAGAAGGAAGUUCACGUGGAAGAAGCGUUAAACGAGAAAACAGUCGAAUUUUUUGUUGGCUCUUUGUAUUAUUAAAAACGUCUUGUUACAAUAUAAAUAAAGUCUUUUAAUAACAGUCAA